AUGCGGACCGCGCCGUGCUCGCUCGCUGGUUCCAGUUCCUUGCCACCAAGGGCGUCGAGGAGCUCGCCUUUGUUAACCGCCCCUCGCCCUACGCCGGCCUGCACCUCCCUCCGCCGCCUGUACCUCGGCGCUUGGAGGUUCGUUGACACCGCCACCCUCCCGCGCGGUGCUUCCUUCCCCAGGCUUCAGGUGCUAGUCCUCGGUGCCAUCGCGCUGGAGGACCGCGACCUCGACUUCCUGCUCGCCGCUAGCCCCGUGCUUGAGGUCCUCACCAUUGUUGGAAGCGUGGAAAAGUUGCGCGCCCGUCUUACCAGCCAUAGCCUACGCUGCGCACAGUUCUGCUUAGUCCUUGUCGACGAAGUGGCGAUAGUGGAUUGCCAAUCCCUUGAGCGCUGCUUCAUCUGGAGGUGCCCUAGCCAGCGUUACAGAGUUAAGAUUGGCCACGCGCCGCAGCUGAGCAUUUUGGGUUAUUUGGAGCCUGGUGUACACGUGCUGGAGAUUGGCAACACUGUCAUCAAGGCGGGAAUAAAGCCGAGUCUUAAAACCACAGUUCCAUGCGUGCAGAUGUUGGCGCUCCAUCUGCAUUUCAGAGUCCACAAUGAAAUCAAGAUGCUGCCAAGCUUCCUCAAGUGCUUUCCCAACGUUGAGACUCUUUGUAUCCAGUCGGAACAAACAAAAGAGCCCACCAGCAACCUAAGUCUCAAGUUCUGGCAGGAGGCUGGGCCCAUCAAGUGUGUCCAGUCACGUCUCAAGACGCUGGCGUUUCGUGACUUCCAUGGGGAUGAAAGUGAAUUUGCUUUCCUUAUGUUUAUUACCGAAAACGCUCAGGUAUUGGAGAAGAUGAAUAUCGUGCUGGAAUUUCGAAAACCCUAUAAACCAGAAGAGCUGGCCUCGAAGAUGAUGGCAUUGGACAAUGCAAGAUGGGCAAGCGGAAGCAAGAAAGUGGGGUACAAGUUUUCCCGGCUUGGUGAGGGAGGAGGCAGCGUUUGA